AUGGCCGCCUUGACUCAUGUCACCGGCUUUUCCGUGCGUGUCCUCUCCUGUUCCCAGCUCGUGCAGGAGCCCCCCCCCCCCCCGCCACGGCAUCAUGGCCACGUCUCCACGGCCCCUCCUGGAGAAGAGAGCCUCCGGAUCCUGGUGGGGACCAAAGGGGACAGCCCCCUGCAGAUGGACAUCAGUACCACUGAGACCGAGGCCUCUGAGCCAUGGGACUAUGUCCUUGUGGCUGAUCAUUGCACCCAGAGAAACCCCAGGCAGGUCCAGCGGCAGCAGCAGUUCCUGGAAGAGCUCGAGAGGAAGGGCUUCUGCUACAAGGCGAGGGAGGACCAGGCGAAGGUUUUCUUUGGGAUCCGAGCUGACAACUGGGUCUUUGACCAGUACCGCAGACUUCUCAUGGAGCCUGAGGCUACCGCCCCCAGAGGGGAGCUGGCCAGGCCAACUUCCAUCCCAGCCACCACCAGCCAGCUCUUGUGUUCCAGAAUCCAAGUUGUCAACUUUGUGCUGAACAGCAAGAUGGCAGCUGGUGACACGCUCCAGGAUUUGGUGAAGGAUGGGGUCUUUGAGGCUGGGUUUCCCCUACACAAGGGGGAGGAAGACCUAAAGAAGAAAUGGGCCCGGUGGAGAAACAUGUUCCAAACGCAGCCAAUUGGUGACAUCAGGAACUACUUCGGUGAGAAGGUGGCCCUGUACUUCGCCUGGCUCGGCUGGUACACCUACAUGCUGGUGCCCGCCGCGGUGGUGGGCCUCAUCAUCUUCCUGAGCGGGUUUGCCCAUUUCGAAGCCAGCCAGAUCAGCAGGGAGAUCUGUGAGGCCCACGACGUCUACAUGUGCCCUCGAGGCGACCACAACCCCAGGUACCAGCGGCUCUCAGAAACCUGCGCCUUCGCCAAGCUCACUCACCUCUUUGACAACGAGGGCACCGUGCUGUUCGCCAUGUUCAUGGCGCUGUGGGCCACCGUGUUCCUGGAGUUGUGGAAGCGGGAGCGAGCCCGUGUGGUCCUGCAAUGGGACCUGUACGGGUGGGACGAGGACCAGGAGGAAAUGGCGCUGGGGCUCAUUGCCUGCCCUGACUACCAGCCCCAGCUGCACCAGCACUCCUACAUGCGGAGUACCAUCAUCCUCCUGCUGUCUCUGUUGAUGAUCUGCCUGAUGAUAGGCAUGGCCCACAUUCUGGUGAUCUACCGCGUCCUGGCCGCUGCCCUUUUCAGCUCCGCCUUGCCCUUCCUGGGGGAGCAGGUGACCACGGCCGUGGUGGUGACCGGGGCCCUGGUUCACUAUGUGAGCAUCCUCGUCAUGACCAAGAUCAACAAAUAUGUGGCACUGAAGCUUUGUGACUUUGAGAAGCCCAGGACCUUCUCAGAGCGAGAGAGCAAGUUCACCAUCAAGUUCUUCACUCUGCAGUUCUUUGCUCACUUCUCCUCCCUUAUCUACAUCGCCUUCAUCCUGGGCAGGAUCAACGGUAACCCCGGGAAGUCCGUGCGCCUGGCAGGGCUGUGGAAGCUGGAGGAGUGCCAUCUCAGCGGCUGCAUGAUGGACCUGUUCGUGCAGAUGGCCAUUAUCAUGGGUCUGAAACAAACGCUCAGCAACUGCAUGGAGUACCUGGGCCCGUGGCUGGCCCACAAGUGUCGCUCGGUGCGAGCCACGUCCCAGGACCCCGAACUCAGGCACUGGCAGCUCAACUACCGCCUGAACCCGGUCAACACCUUCAGCCUGUUCGAGGAGUUCAUGGAGAUGAUGAUCCAGUACGGCUUCACCACCGUCUUCGUGGCCGCCUUCCCGCUCGCCCCGCUGCUGGCGCUCUUCAGCAACCUCGUGGAGAUCCGCCUGGACGCCAUCAAGAUGGUCCGGCUGCAGCGGCGCCUGGUGCCCCGCAAGGCCAAGGACAUCGGGACCUGGCUGCAGGUGCUGGAGAUAAUCGGCAUGCUGGCGGUCAUUGCCAACGGGAUGGUUAUCGCCUUCACAUCUGAGUUCAUCCCCCGAGUGGUGUACAAGUACCGCUAUGGCCCGUGCCGACAGGGGGCCCACCCUGCAGUCGACUGCCUCACGGGCUACGUCAACCACAGCCUGUCCGUGUUCUACACCAAGGACUUCCAGGAUCCUGCUGAAAUAGAGGGCUCAGAGAAUGUGACCGAGUGCAGGUACCGGGACUAUGGCACCGCUCAGAACUCCAACUUCACUGAGCAGUCCUGGUUCCUCCUGGCCAUCCGUCUGGCCUUCCUCAUCCUCUUCGAGCACGUGGCCUUAUGCGUCAAGCUCAUUGCUGCCUGGUUUGUGCCUGAUGUGCCUCAGUCGGUGAAGAAUGAAGUCCUGAAGAAGAAGCACCAGAGACUUGGGGUGUUGGGGCUGCCGGGGCCUGGGGUGGGGCCUGGUCCUGAGUCCCGAAGUACCAGAGACUCCGGCCUGAGAGCACAGACGUGGGGUGGGCCCGGGGCCGGUGGAGAGGCCGAGACACAGAGCUGCUGCCACCACCGCCCACACCAGCCCCGGCUGUGUGUGUGUGGGGGGGCGGGCUUUAAUUAG